UUUAUUUCCUUGGUUCAACUCGGUCACACUUAUCGAUUCCUACAACGCGCUAAAUUAAAGUAUUAAUUUGCAGAUUGUUAGUGGCAAUGGAUAAGAUGUACUUAAACAUUUUGACGGACGUUCGGGACGACGAUUUUGAAACCAUGAGUCGUGUUACGUGUCCGCAAAAUCUGAUUGAAUCUGAACUAUUUGUGCUUAUACUUAAAAAUGCAUCAAAUGCAUUUUUCGAUGGCAUUGUCAAAGAUUCGGAAAAUUGGCUGAACAUGGCCACCAAAUUUGUUAAGUCAAACGACAUUAAGACGUCACUAAAAGGACUACAAUUACUCAAUAAAAUUAUUUGUCGAACUCCUACCAAUACGACUGUAUUUCUAGAUGCACUUUUGGCACGCAGCGUCUACCUUGUGCAAAUCCAGAAGUAUCCCUUGGCAAGAAGCGACUUGGAAUAUUAUAAGCGAUUCAAUCCCAAACUUAUGACAACAGACGGAAUAUUAAUCGUACAAACUCUAUUAUGCCUGUCUUUGUAUUUGAUGAGAAAAAUGCACGAUGCUAGGUUUCAUUUAUAUCAAUUGGAGGAAGUUUUGGGUAAAUUGCCAGCAAAUUUGUUUCGCGAAAUCUUCGAAUUGCAGACGUUUUUAAAGCUCUUGGAAAAAUAUAAAAAAGAAAUUAAACAAUCUCCAAGGAAUAUACACUACAAAAUUAAUAAGGAAGGUGUCAGCUCUGGGCCAUUAAACGGAUCGAAAUUUUACAAUACACCGUUUAUGAAUUGCGAAGUGUGUGGAGAUUAUCGAGAUUCUUUGUACACAUGUAUCGAAUGUCGUUACAAGACGUACUGUUCUUUAAAAUGCAUACAAUCUGAUUGGGAAGAACACCAAACUGAAUGUUAUGGCUACAAAAUUGGAAUAAUACAGAUGCUGGAUGCAACACUGUUGUUUAAAAUAUUUAUACAAGCCACAAAAUAUUUGUCAGCAGCAUUAACAAGCUUAGCCCAGAAGCAUGGAGCCAUUCGGAAUGCAGAUUUUGCGUGGGACUUCAUAGUUAAAUAUGCAAGAGCUGACAAUGCAAACUUUAAUAAUAGUAUCGCAAAGUUCUUGUCCUGUCAACCCGACUGCAAUCAACUGACAGCGGAAAAGUGGCGUCAGCUUGUAACAACUGGUUUUCGACUGGCUGUUUUCGUGUAUAAUGAUACAGAUAUCAAUGACAGAAUUUUCUCCCAACUUAAAAUGUCAAAAAUUGAAACCAUUAAGCUUAUUGCAGCACUGUUAAUGCGUUUGAAUGUUUACAUAACACUCAAUUCUCAAAGAAAUGAAUUUGAAUAUCAGCAAAAAUUCCCUGAUAGCUUCGAUAUUCUGGAAUACCAAGGUCCACUUGAUGCCCGUAUUAACGCGAAUGCAUUUAGCUAUCACUCCAUUAACGCCCACUUGGAUUUUGUGAAUUGUUAUAAUAGGCUGCAAGAACGCAUUUCGUCGAGUAAGCAUUCGAGUAAUCAAGAAGGAUUAUUUUCCGAAAGACACAAUCCUGAAACAAUGUUUGAUUAUAUCAAUAAAAUUUCUAUUGUAUGUCUUAAGAACGCCAAGGUGCAGUCUGUUGGCGAUUUAAAUGAUGUUAAAGCAAAAGCUUUGGCUUAUUUCGAGCUAUGUCUUUUGAAUUUAAAUACCUCAGAGCGUUGCAAACUUCUCUCAAAGUUUGCAGAAUAUUUUCAUAAGUUUCUCUAUGAUUAUUUUUGCGUUGAUGGGUGUCGGCGACAGGAAACUACAACAAUUUGUGGGAAUGUAAUAAGUUUCACAAAUUUUUGUUUUGAAAACUGUGAGAGCAGGAACUCAAAUAGGGAUGAAUUUAAAUUAAUGGCCGCCAUGAAUCUAAAAGCUAAUGUAGACUUGACAGUAACUCCUGAUUCUGUCAAUCAAUUGAAAAACACAUCGUAUUUCGAAGUCAUGGAAGACUGCACAAGGGAAUCAUGCUCUAACCAAACUGUGGCCGAAUCAAUUAAUAAUCGCCAUGGUAUAUUUUGUGCUUUCUGCGAGAAGGAGACAGUAAUAACACCUGCUCUUGGUAAAUGCCCGCAAUGCCAAAUAACUUAUUCUGAGCUUUUUGAGCAAUAUACCACAUUUAUAUCAACUAUUGUGACUGAGAUACGUACCAAGGUAUCAAAUCCAAAAACUACACGACGCGACUUAACAAUCUUGUAUGGCACAUACAACAGUUAUGUUACCAUGCAUUUUUCUGAAGGAAAUGCAUUUCGUCUAUCGGGCGUCCUAAGUUUCAUCGAGUUUCUCACAUCGAAUGAUUUCUUAAACCAUGCCUGCGACAUUAUUUUCGUGCUGCAAAGUUCUGAUUACUUUUACUCCAAAUACGAUCAAUUAAACAAAGAUGUUUUUGUUAGGAUAUUAAAUACUAUUCAGAAAAUCAUGGAACGAUACAUUGAGACUAUUUUUAGUAAUUGCUGUUUGGAUGUAAAUCCGUACUAUCCCAAAAUGCUAUUGGGAAUAACCUGGCACAUUCUAAGCAAUAUGGGUGCUUAUUUGGACAUAUAUAGAGAUGAUAUCGAUACGCAUAAUUCAUUCGUGGACAAUUUUACGCAGUAUUAUAAAUGGAAGAAAAUAAUUAAUUCUAACCUUACGAUGUCAAUGUCAUUGCAAACAUUUUUGAAAACUAUUUAGCUUGUUUAUAAGAUACAGGGUACAGUUAAAAUUGUGGUUAUUAUUAAUCAUAGAAAGAGCGCAGCUAAAAAAAUAUUAAAUAGAAGUUAAGCACAUAAAGCACAAAGCAUACACAAAAAGUA